AUGGGCCUCCUGGAAAUAUCAGUCUCUGGCCGUCUAGUUGUCGGCGAGACCAUAGGCUACAUGGGCGCCCACGACAUACGAUACCAUACGAUCAACAUCUCCCCACAUAGCGCUGUUGAAGGCCAGCUCCACCUCCUCGAGACGACUUCCUGCACCAAGCUUUUCUACACCGCCGAGCGCGUCGAGAAAGUCGGCGUCGUCAGAAGCGCUAUUAAGCCCGGCGGCACCUUGAACACGCUUCUUGUGCCGGCCUACGCAGAGUUUCUGUCCUCUCCUCGCGCCGUUACGCCGUUUCCCAGCCCGCCGCCGCCCCUACCCAACAGGCCAGCUCUCAUUUUCCACACUUCGGGGAGCACCGGCCACCCCAAGCCCGUCCCGAUCACGCACGGCUACCUCGCUGCAUUAGAUUGUGCCGCGCACCUCCCGGUGCCACCGGGCCGCACGAUGGCCUUCUCGGGCUUGCCGGCGGGAACACGCCUGCUUGUCGGCCUCCCGCUCUUCCAUCUCGGCGGCGCGGCUUGUUCGCUCUUCUUGGCGCUAUUCCACGGGUACGCCUCUGUGCUGCAUCCGCCCGCGGCGGCGCCGAACGACGUGCAACCGUUUCUCGACGCGCUGGACUCGAGAGAUGCCGACGUCAACGCGGUGAUGCUGCCGCCAAGCGCCCUCGAGGGUCUCGUGCGCCGUGGCGCGCUGGCUCGACUGGCCCGGCUGGAGCGCGUGUUGACCGGGAGCGGAACGAUGGCGCCGGCGACGGGCGAUGCGCUGGUGGCCCGCGGGGUUAAGAUGAUACAUGUGUACGGGAGCACUGAGGCGGGGCUGGUCCCGAGCCUCGUGCACCCGGAUCCGCAGCUUUGGCCGUGGUUCGAGUGGAACGAGCGGUACGGUGCGGUGAUGGAGCUCGUCGACAACAACGCAGACGGAGUCUACGAGUUGGUCUUCCGCAGCGAACCCCAGCAUGUUCCGCACCACCCCGUCUUCCACGCCGUCCCAGCCACUUCGGUCUGGCGCAGCCGUGACCUUUUCGCACGCCACCCGUCUGAACCCAGGCUUUGGCAGUUUAUCGGGCGCACCGACGAUGUGGUCGUGCUUUCGACAGGCGAGAAGGUCAACCCUGUCGCGAUGCAGGACGCCCUCCCGGCGCACCCGUUGCUGAAGGGGGCGCUGGUGGUUGGUCAAGGCCGUUUCCGCGCCGCGCUGCUGGUCGAGACGGACUGGUCCAAGUGGAACGGUACCGCAGAUGGGCUCGUCGACGAGAUCUGGCCAGCGGUGCAGGCGGCGAACCCAAAGGCCGAGUCCAAUGGCCGAGUGGCCAGGGACAAGAUCGCCGUUGUGUUACGUGGAAGAGCGUUUAAGCGGGCCGACAAGGGAAGCGUGCAAAGGUUGCUUACUUCUAACAAAGCGCAUUAAGAGGAAAAUAGGAACCUGCAAGAAAUUAUUGAAAUAGGGUAUGGGUAUCAGAGUGCUUGACCAGAUAGUCAUGCAGGGAAUUGGGUCAAAGAUUCAAGGCUGCCGUUUUCCAACGUCAAGGACGAAACACCCACGAUGCUGACAAAAGGGGAAAACAGCCCGGCAAUGGCCAGCAGGGUGUUGACAGUGAGCACCUGGAUGCCCCAGCUGGUCCAUCGUCUUUCGAGUUAAAGAUUGAAACGAGAUCAAACGUAAUUGGAGUCAAAGUAACCUCCAAUUGUAAAAAAAUUAAUUUUUUUUGUAUCAGGCGAAAGUAAAGUACUAAAUAGGGAAUUUCUUGGUCUUUGACAAAACAAAAAAC